AUUUGAAGCCACGUGUUCCAGUUGUUGUUCUUUUUCACAUUACCGUGCCUUCUUUAAAUGGCUAGAUCUCAAAUGGAGUUCGGCAUGUCGCCUACCCUCAUCAAAUCUGAGCUAAUUAGUACUGCGAGUGAAGAGCAUGUGUAUUCCUAAUCCUGGAUUACUUCGCUCACAAACCUUAAUGCAGUUGUAGCCUGAAGUGAAACGACGGGUGAAAUCAGUAUUUGCGACCAGAAGAGUGGACAUGGGUAUUUUCAGACCAGCAGUUAUCCUCCAGUUAAAUACUGUUUUUAUGCUGCUUACCAUCAUUCAGUUCCUUUCUUGUGAUGCCUUCGCUGGUUUAAGAAUGGGGAAUUUUACAUCUUCCACUACUGCGGGGUCCAGCACAGCCUGCGUACAGUAUGUUCAGGAAAUGGUGGCACAGAACUGCGUCGUGAUAUUUUCCAAGACGACCUGUCCUUACUGCAGAAUGGCCAAGAAUGUGUUCAAUGAAAUUGGUGCGACCUACAAAGUGGUUGAACUGGAUGAGCACAAUGAUGGGAGGAGAGUGCAAGAGGCCUUAGCUCAGAUGACUGGUGCCAGAACGGUGCCGAGAGUGUUCGUUAAUGGAAACUGCAUCGGGGGUGGCUCUGACACCAAACAGCUCCAUCAGCAGGGGAAGUUGUUGCCUCUGAUCGAACAGUGUGCUCCCUGCUGCGCCGCGACCGGCUCCGAAGGCUCGGGCAGCGGGCAGUUCGAGUCGGCUAAAUGACUAACCGUUCUUGUAGUCUUUUAUAAUCCUAUUUUUAUUCAAUGUUUGCUUGAUCUCAUGUUACAAGUUGUACAUUGCUCAAACACGGCUAUGUUAUUUAUAUAUCAAAGUGUGUCGGAUACUUGAUUUUAGGCUAUAUACAUUUUCAUCCAGGGAUGUACAGUAUUGUUAUUAUUAAAGCUGCCAUCUUUUAAACAAAACCUGUGAAUAGUGGGACUGCUUCUCAUAUGUCUCUUUUGCAUGGUUGUUUUAUUGGACAAUACUGCUUGCGGUCAUAAAAAAGCAUUACCUCUUUAAGAAUCAUGGUGAACAGCACAGGGCUGUUAAGUAUAGACUUUGAUUCAAUAUCAAUCUUCCAUUAAUAUUUAUUUAAGGUCAUUGUCUAUAUCGUGUAAGAUUUAAAGCAUUUUUGUAUAAUUUGUUCAAUUUAUUUUGGUAAGAAAUUGGCAAUUGCAUUUUUUUUUUGAAGGAAUAGUUGUUUGAUUAUAUAUAUUUUUUUACUUGCAAGUAAUAUUUUCUUCUUCAAUGUGUCUGAUUUAUUUUAUUUUUUAGCAGUAACUGCAGUUGAAUUACUUUAAAGUCAGGAGGGAGGUGAAUAUCCUAAUGAAUCUUGUAGAUCGUAGAAUAUGUCGAUUCUUUUAUGAAUGUAUUAAGUCAUAACUUGUUAACGUUUUCUUGAUGCCUUGAAUGUUUAUGAUUAUUAAUUUUAAAAAAUGAAUGGAAGUUUAAAAUCA